AUGCCGAAAAGUUCAGAUUAUACUCUUGUUUUCCUCACUCCAAUGGUGAAGAAGGACGUUUACGAUAAAUCAACCCACAAGGUUCUCCUUGUUUCUGGUAUGCAAUGGGGAGAUGAAGGCAAAGGAAAGGUCGUAUCAGAUCUAUCCAAAGAAGCCGAUGUAUUGGCCAGAUACAAUGGUGGACACAAUUCCGGGCAUGAUGUGGUACUUAACGGGGUUCAAUACAAGCUACACUUGCUCCCUUGUGGUUCGAUGCACGAAAAUACCAAAAUCGUCCUUGGUAAUGGCGUUGUCAUCAACAUUGAGAAUCUACUCAAGGAAGUUGACAUCCUUGCACAAAAUGGAAUUAGUCUCCUAGACAGACUUUACAUCUCAGAAAGGGCCCAUUUAAUCUUUAACAUACAUGCGGAAAUCGAUUGUAAGCAAGAAAGUGACCUCUCAAAAAAAUAUGGAGAAAUUGGUACAACCAAAAAGGGAAUUGGUCCCUCGUACUCGACAAAGAGCCUUCGUACUGGUAUCAUGAUUGGAGAAAUGCUCCAUUGGGAAACAUUUAGCGAACUGGUUCACCGUUUAAUGCACAGCUGCACUACCAAUAAUCCUGAUCAGCUUGCUGAAAAGGAGUUGGCCAGACACAAAGAGAUGUUCAAGAAGAUCGAACAUUGUAUUGUUGAUACCAGCUUCCUCAUAACUAAGGCCGUGGAAAAUGGACAGAAGGUAUUUUUCGAGGGAGCUAAUGGCGUAUUGCUGGAUUUGUCUUUGGGUACAUAUCCGUAUGUUACGUCCAGCAAUACAACAACCAGCGGUAUUUACAAUGGCCUCGGAAUCUCACCUUCUAUUCCAGUAUUCAGAAUCGGAGUUUUGAAGGCUUACCAAACAAGAAUAGGGUCUGGACCAUUUCCAACCGAGUUGUUUGGAGAAGUUUAUGAUAAGUUACAGACAACUGGUAUGGAAGUUGGAGUUACAAGCGGUCGUAAAAGACGCUGUGGAUGGUUAGACUUGGUUAGUGUUCGGUAUGCACAACUUACAAACGGAUUUAACGUGAUUAAUCUUACAAAAUUGGAUAUUAUGAGCAUAUUCGAUACCAUUAAAGUGUGCGUCGAUUACAAACACUCCAAAACAGGAGCUAUUUUGCCCCGCGGUUCCUUCCCCGCAACAUCAUUCCAAUUUUCUCAAUACGAGCCAGUUUACAAGGAAUUCCCUGGUUGGAGAACCGACUUGUCUGAAAUUACAAAGUUUGAAGAUCUUCCUGCAGAGGCUAAAGCCUAUGUUGAAUUCAUAGAGAAUGAUUUGGGUGUUUGGAUCCAAUGGAUUGGUGUUGGCAAGGAUACAAAAAAGACAAUAGUUAGGACAUGA